AUGGAGCAAACAGAACCGAUCCCUAACCAAAGCCUCUACCAAGCCAUAUGGAAAGCUAAAAUAUCUCCAAAGCUUCAAUUACUCUUGUGGAAAAUAGUGAAGGGAGCUCUGGCCUCAGGAGAAAACUUAGCAAAACGAGGUCUUCUGUCUAACAUUACUUGUAGACACUGUGGAGAGUUUGAAACCACCAACCACAUCUUCCUACACUGUAGCUUCACCAGACAGAUAUGGACUGCACACAUUUGGAAACUGAAUUUCAAUCCUUCAGACUGCGCAUCGUUCAGUGAAGCCUUCAUGGCUUCAAGGAGCCAUAUCAACCUCCCACCGUUGGGAGUGACAGGAAAUUUGUUCCCAUGGCUAUGCUGGGGAAUUUGGAUGGCGAGAAACUACCUUAUAUUUGAAAGCAGAGCCUCUCUACCUGCGGACAUUGUUUCGAGAUCAACCAGAAAUGCAAGGGAAUGGUGGGAAGCCCAACCGACCUCACCUGCAGCUCCACUGGGACAGAACCGUGUGACUACUACAGCCUCAGGAACGACAGGUAUGAUUAUUUGCUGUUCUGAUGCGGCAUGGCAGGCGAUGACGAACAGGGCAGGCUGUGGCUGGAUAUUCACAGAGGAAAGCGGCGAAUGCAUUCUACAGGGGACGGCAACCUUCGAUCACACAGUCUCUCCAUUAAUGGCGGAAGCCUUAGCUAUUAGAUCAGCCCUCCUCCACGCCCUCGAAGCGGGUUUUUCAAGAAUCUGUAUAAAAUCAGAUUGUCAAGCACUUGUUGCUGUUAUCACCUCGACACAUCACCCGACGGAGCUCUACGGAAUCACUCGGGACAUCGAGCAUCUAUCCCUUUCUUUUGAUUGCAUUGCGUUUACUUUCAUCCCAAGAAACCUUAAUGUUAUGGCUGAUUCACUAGCCAAAUCAGUCAUGUACUUGGCAUCAGCCAACUAA